GGCCAGCCCCCACUCAGCACCACUUCCUGCUUUCACUUUGGUGCCGCGCUCAAGCCCUGGAUGGGGGUGGUGGUGCUCCCGCCCCCCCAGCCCCCCACCCCCCUGGCAUUAAAGGUACAAAAGGAGAAGGAGUGUGAGUGUUGGGAACAGUCAGAGGACAGCAGCACCCAGCAGCACCUCAGGGCAGCCCACAGCUACCCAGAGCCCCAGAGCUGGAGCCAUGGCAGGGGAUGGGGAGCUCAGACGCGUCAUCAAGGACCUGCAGAAGACCAUUGCUGAGCUGAACAGCAGCUACAGGGAGCAGAACCUGCCGGUGACGGAUGGCAGUCGGGAGCUGCACAGCCUCUGUGCCCAGCUGGAGUUCCUCCUGCAGUUUGACCUCAAGGAGAAGAAGAGCUUCUUUGGGCAGCGCAAGGACUACUGGGACUUCUUGUGCCAGGGCCUGGCACAGCGCCGGCAGGAACAUGACGGCAUCCGCUUUGUCAGCUCGCUGGACAAGCUGAAGACCCCUGUGGGCAGAGGCCGUGCCUUCCUGCGCUACUGCCUGGUGCAUCGGCAGCUGGCCGAGUCCCUGCAGCUCUGCCUGCUCGACCCCGAGAGCCUCAGUGAGUGGUACUAUGCCCGCAGCCCUUUCCUGAGCCCCCAGCGGCGAGCUGAGAUCCUGGGCAGCCUGUACGAGCUGGAUGGCAUCACCUUCCACCUGGCCUUGCACAGGGCUGACCUGGACACUGCCUGGCCCAUGUUCUCUGAGACGCUGGUGAGGCCCAGUGUGGUGAAGAUGGCCCUGCAGACAGAAGGUAGCAGCACAGAGGUACACGAAUGUCCUGACGGCAUCACUCAGCCAAUUGCAGUGCCCCACAGGGUGCCAGCCUGUCCCAGCCCACGGGAAGGGGGUGAGGAAGAGGGUGAUAUUGAAGCAGAAGAGGAUGAAGACAAAAAGGAGGACAUGCCCAGCACUGCCGAGGCAAAGCAUGGCACCAAUGCGGAUGCCAGCCUGACCCCAACACCCAACCAGGGGCUCACACCAGGCUCCCCAGCCCAUGGUGGAAUGGAGGCAUCCCUGCGAGCACAGGUGUCCCAGCUGCGCUCCGAGCUGGAGCAGCAGGAGGAGGCCUGGAGAGCCCGGCUGGAACAGGAGGAGCGGCAGCACCGUCAGAAGGAGGAGCACAGUGCCCAGCAGGUCCAGCUGUUGGCCCAUGAGGCCGAGACACUGCGGGACACCAACGCCUUCCUCAGCCGAAUGCUGGCCGAGGCGGCGGGUGGCCCGGGGGAGUUGGCACAAGCACAGGAGGAAGCUCGGCGGUGGCAGGAGGUGGCAGAGGAGCGGGUAGCACGUCUGGAUGAGGCAAUGGCAGAGGUGGCGGUGCUGACCUCACGCCUGCAGGAGUGCCAGGCUGCCAUGCAGGCACGGGGACAAACAGAUGCCCCAGCCCAGAUGGCCGCCCUGGAGGAGGUGCUGCGGCGGGCACUGGAGCUUUCCCGUGGCCCACUGAUGGACAAUCAGAAAGAAGGGGACCCCAGCACUGCUGCUGGCAUGGCGAUGCGCCUCGCAGCCCUGGUCACAGCAGCACAGGAGGAAGCCUUGCAGAGCAGGCAGCAGAUCCAGGCUCUGCAGGAGAAGGUGGUGCAGCUGCAGGAGCAGCUCAGCAGGGCUCGUCAGGAUGGGGAGCGCUGGGCAUCAGCCCUUCAGCGGACACAGAAGGAGGUGCAGGAGCGGGAGGCCAUGCGUGGUGCAGAGCAGGCAAGGCAGCAGGAGCUCAUCCGUGACAUGAAGGGCCGGCUGCUGGAGCUUUUGCGGGAGAAAGAUGCCCUGUGGCAGAAGACAGAGGGCAUUGACCCACAGGCACCCAGCCUGACACCCCGCAGUGUGGGGCUGUGUGCCCGCUGUGGCAAGGAUUUCCGCCUCCUGUCCCGGCGGUACAGCUGCAGCAGGCUGUGCCAGGACAAGGUGUGCCACACAUGCUCCAUGGACACGGGGAAGCAAGGGCGAUGCUGCCUGCUCUGCUACCAGCAAAGGCACCCACAGGCUAUGUGAGCUGGGAGGACAUCCAACUUGCUGUGCCCAGGACAUGGGGCCAGCGGGAAGGUCCUGCUGCUCUGGUUUUCAGGGUUGAGAUGUCUUUUGCAUGGCUGGCCCAUGGAGAAGGAAACAACCAGGUGCUGAUA